AUGCUUCCCUUCACCCUCCUUUCCAUCCUCUCCCUCUCCUCCUUCGCUCUCGCCAACCACGAUGUCGACCACCGGCGCCUGCAUCGCGCUCUGGUCGAGCGGCAGGGGAUGGGCCGGCCAAACAUGAACGACUCAUGGUCCGAGCCACCCGCCAGCGCCUCGUCAACGGUAUCCCUUCCAGUCUCAUCAGAGGCUGCCUCUUCCAGCGCCGCAAGCACCGCUUCAUCUACCUCCAGCAGCCAGCGUGCGGCUGAGAGCUCGGCAUCACCCACCGCACCCGCUUCGUCCGCCUCGGUCGUCGUCCCGUUGUCCAGCUCGGCCGUCGAGGUCUCAUCCUCCGCUCCCGUAUCGUCCGCCGCUGCUUCCUCCUCCGCCCUUCCCUCCGUCGCUCCAUCAUCCACCACCGACCUCGUACCUACCAUCUCGGUCCCUUCCUCUGCAUCCUCCAUCGCCCCCUCCUCCCUCGUCACCCCGUCCACCCUCACCACGACCAGACUCGCCUCCAUCACAAACACCAUGAAGAGUGCUAUCCCGUCCAGCGCCGCAUCCUCCGCCUCCGCCGAGACCGGCACGCAGUCAUCUGGCGGUCUGAGCAAGACGGCGCUUGUUGCUAUUAUCGUGGUAGCGUCCGUGGUGGGAUUGGCGGCGAUCGGGUUCACGCUGUUCAGGAAGUGGAAGUUGAGGCCGAGCAACAGGAGGUUCGAGAAGCGCUUGAAUGCGAUUGACUUUGCGCCCAAGGGUGGGCACGAUGAUGACUUCUUCGAGAAAGCACACCACCGGUCCGACUCCGCAUCAAGCGCCGAACGCCACCGGAAAGCCCUCAUGGCCGAGGAGUUUGACUCUGCGCCGGGUCUCACGGCCGGUAUCCCCGAACACGACUUCACCGCCGGAUCCGCAUACGGUAUGGCGGGUGCUGGGGCCGGUGCUGCCGCAAUGGGAGCAGGCGCGGGGACAUACGGAAUGUACAACUCGGACCCGUUCGCGCAUACCAACGCGUACGACUACCCACCCCAGGGUCAGGGUCAGGGUCAGGCAUACGGCGGCGAAGGAGAGCACGGGUACCCUCCUCAGACGUACGACCAAUACGGUCACCCCGUCGCUGGACACUAUGAUCAGCCGACCCAGGACCAGGUGUACGACCAUGACCACGACCACGCCCAAGCCCAGGGCUACGCGGACCUCCAGCGGGGGAACAGCGAUGGGUCGGCGCAUCAGCAUAGCCAUACGCAGCGGGUCACGUCCCCGACGGCGAAUGUGUAUCAUGACGAUAUGACGUUCCCAGAGUCGGGGCAGUACCUCGGGAGACCGACAGGAGGGGCGGAUGGACCAUACGCACAAGCGGCGCAGUACCGCGCGUACUAG